AUGGACUUGAGUGACGAUAAUACAGGAGCCGAUUCGCACCCUCAGGGACAACAGCUCCUCACGGAAUUCCGGUCACGAUACCACCAGUACGUACGGAAUGUUGAAGACAUCACAACAACCUCGACAGAUCCAAUCGUCAUAUCUCGCCUCAGCGAUGACCUGCUGCACCUCGACCAAUCCCAUCAUGGACGGCCUGUCAUAUUGACCGAGGUCCACAGUGGCGGUCGUGGCCGUCCGAGGAUCGUCAUUGACCCGACUUGGCUACGCUGGGCCUAUGGUCACAAAUCAAUCGCGGAAAUUGCUCGUUUCUUGAAUGUACACCGUUCUACUGUUCGUGCCGCCCUCCUCGAGUAUGGCAUCACCGAGGCCCGGUCAAAUCCAUUCUCUCGCCCGGGAGACAGCCAGUUCAACGACCACUCACAUGUGGGCUCGACAACUGAUUUCGAUCCCCAUUGUGUCAGGGAGUCUCAGGCUGGGACUGAUAUGCCUCAAGUCACAUCCUAUACCCGCCCUCUCACCGACAUCAGUGAUGAUGAUCUCGACGAUGCUGUCCGCAAUCUGCGCAGCCAUUACCAACGUGCAGGGAUCACCAUGAUGCUUGGCCUUUUGCGAGGAAAUCUUGGAAUUCACGUAUCAAGAGAGAGGGUCAGGCAGUCACUGCUUCGAAUUGACCCAGUCCGACGUGUUUUUGAUCGUAUCCGGAUCGAGCGCCGCAAAUAUCAAGUCGCUGGGCCAAAUGCUCUCUGGCAUCAUGAUGGUCAACAUGGUUUGAGUGUUCAUAAUGUUCGAAUCGAGCGGCUCUGGGUUGACGUCACAGCACAAGUAACGUCCAAAUGGGCCACGUUCUUCACCGACCUCGAGCUGCGACAUGGGCUGAACAUCAAUGAUAUGGACCACAUCCACCUCCUACACUUUCUCUUCCUUCCCAUGAUCAAUGCUGAGCUUGUAGGCUUUGCCUCGGGCUGGAACCACCACACGAUUUCUGGGAUCAACCGGACACCUUCCGACCUGUUCGGAUGGGAUAUGUAUGUCCACGGUGUUCGUGGUGGCCAACUUGCUUCGGACAGUGAGCGACCACUGUCAGAACAAGAGCUUGAGGAUUAUGGGGUCGAUUUCGAGGGCCUCGCAGACGAUGCCCUACUGGAGUCGCGCGAGGCGAACAAUCCUCAGGCAGAGGAUGUGUCAUCCUUCCUCGGUCGCAUACCCCCUCCCGAUCGUCUCAACACCAUCACUGUCGAGACCGAAGACCUGGACUUGCCAGGGGAGAUGAUACAGGGUUUACAGCAGCUGAAGGACAGAGUACAUGACCAGGCUGACGACGAGACUCUCAUAGGACUAUGGACUGCAUCACUUGUUCUCAUGUCUACAUACUUUGAAAAUGGGAGCCUGUAG